AGAAAGAAAGAAAGAGGGUAAGUGCCCCCUCCCUAGAAACUGUUCUUGCAGGGUUUAAUCGCCUUUCAUUUCCAUCUAAAUCUUUCCCAAAUUCUUGAUUUUAUUAAAAAUCACGAUGCUUAUUCAACAAUUCAACACACCCACAUCUUGCAAUUUCCCAAUCUCUACUUCAAAUUCAACAACCCCUUUUCAAAAUCACAAUAUCAUUCGUUUUCCAAUAAACAAGAAUUGCAUUUCUUGUGCUGAUUCUAGUUCCACUAAAACGUCGCCGUUUACGGGUAGAGAUCCGAAUGUGAAGAAACCGGGUUGGCUCCGGCAAAAGGCUCCACAAGGAGUUAAGUAUGAGGAGGUUAAAGAAUCUUUGUCCCGCCUUAAACUCAACACUGUUUGUGAAGAAGCUCAAUGCCCUAACAUUGGUGAGUGUUGGAAUGGAGGUGGAGACGGUAUUGCAACCGCCACCAUUAUGCUUCUUGGUGAUACUUGCACCAGGGGAUGCCGAUUUUGUGCCGUUAAAACUAGUAGAAACCCUGCACCGCCAGAUCCUAUGGAACCACAAAACACUGCUCAAGCCAUUGUUAGUUGGGGUGUGGAUUACAUCGUUUUAACGAGUGUGGACCGGGAUGAUUUACCAGAUGGCGGGAGCGGUCACUUUGCUGAAACUGUCAAAGCAAUGAAGAAAAGCAAGCCAGAGAUAAUGGUGGAGUGUUUGACUUCGGAUUUCCGGGGUGAUUUAGAAGCCGUAUCCAUGUUGGCAAACUCUGGGUUGGAUGUUUUUGCCCAUAAUAUCGAAACAGUUAAACGACUGCAACGAAUCGUAAGAGAUCCACGAGCUGGAUAUGAACAGAGUUUAUCAGUCCUAAAACAUGCGAAGUUAAGUAAGAAAGGGAUGAUUACUAAAACUUCAAUAAUGCUGGGACUUGGAGAAUCUGAUGAAGAGUUGAAGCAAGCCAUGGCUGAUUUACGUGCCAUUGAUGUCGAUAUUUUGACUCUUGGACAAUAUUUACAGCCAACUCCAUUGCACCUUACUGUGAAAGAAUAUGUUACACCUGAGAAAUUCGAUUUCUGGAAAGAGUACGGAGAGUCGAUUGGGUUCCGUUAUGUAGCAAGCGGACCUCUAGUUCGAUCCUCGUACAGGGCAGGCGAGCUAUUCGUUCAAACAUUGGUCAAGUCGAAGAACAAAAGUUACUUGUGAUCUUUUGUAAACAAUUUUUUUUUUGUCCUCUUCCUAUUUUCAAACCAUUUUUGAACACAUUAUACUACAUCUUAAAAGAGAAAUUCGGUGGCUUCGGCCACUAACCAAUUUCUCUGUUUUUGUCUACAUCUGUCGGUGGUAUUUUCCCAAAUAGUACUCUUUUUUUUAAGAGCUACGCAUAAUUUCGUGUUUUAA